GUUGAUUGAUAUAAUUGUUGCCAAAUUAAUAUAUUGUGGUAAUUAGAUGUGUUGGUAUUGAAUUAAUUUCAGAAGCUGUUGGUUGUUUUUUCAAUAGUUUUGUUUUGAUUGGCAAAAAGUUCUUGCAAAUUGAGAAAAGACGGGUGUGAAAUUUGCAGGAGGGAUUAAUGAAGACUAACACGAAGGGUUCUGUAAUGGUGCCCCCCAUGAGGGUUAUGGGGAGUUCGAAAGCUGCAAAUAAUGGGGCUUCGGAUGGGUCUAAAAAGAAAGCUAACUAUAAGGGGAAGAAGAAAGUGAGAGUUGUCUCUGUUUUUGAGCAAGAGACAUUGGAAGAUAGCUGUGAGCAGAGUGCUGCUGAUGAUGAUGUUUCAAAUCCAGAUUUUUACUCAAAUAGAAAAUCUGAUCCGGACGAUGAUGAGGAGGACGAUGACGAUGUUGAUGCAGAGGAACAGUUAGAGUCUGAAGACCAGAUUGAAGAAGCACAACAGGAACAGAGUGACCUGGAUAAUCUCCUUGUGAAGUUGCUGAUUGAGAAGAUUAAAAAUGGAAAGUGGAAGGGAGUUGGUAAAAAGGCUAAGGUGAAGGCUGAGAAGACAAAGGUUGAGAAGGUGAGGGCUAAAGGGUUGUGGUAAAAAUGCAGUCAAGAACUACACCAAAGGCCCUUAAUUUGAAUGGUGCGAAGGCCUUUAGUAGUAUAGUUCAGAAGUUUGAUGACUUCAAGAAGAAGGUGGUGACAGAAAUGGGUUUUGGUGGAUUGUUAAAGAUCCCAUUUAGUUACUUACCUCGUAAAUUUGCGUACUGGCUACUGUCUGGGGUCAAGGGGGAUGGUUCCCUUGUCUUUGGUGAUCAGUAUGUUGUUCCACUAAGCCCUGUUUAGGUGGAGUAUGUGCUUGGGAUUCCAAUGGGUUCCAAGGAAAUUCCAGCUAGGAUUGAAGAGAUGCAUGCAGAGUCAAGAAGAAUAGUUCAAAGGUAUUCAAAGGGUGGUGAUAACAUCUUCUCGUUAUCGGUAGCUGCCGAGUGAGUGAUAACACUGAGGGGAAUGUAUUGCCUCUUUCUAAUGAUGUCGAGAAGGGUGAAUUUAAGAUUGGCUUUCUUAUAGUUGCCUUGGGGUAUUUAUUAUGUGCUACGACGAAUACUAGCCAUAUGGCAGUUGCACUCACCCCGGCAUUGCUUCUGUAUGAUGAAACGGUGGAGUAUGACUAGUGCACAUGGGUGUAUGAGUGUUUGUGCACCGCACCAAGGAAGUUCCAAGAGAAGUUUCAAGAAAAUGGAUAUGUUGCCGGAUCCGGUGGAUGUAUAUUGUUUGUGCUGGUAGGUAGUUAGCGGAUUUUAUUUUAAUUUUGGUUUUUUUUUAUUAUUAUUGGUGUGUUACUUUUAUUACAUCUUAGAGCUAAUGGUUAUUUGAUUUUCUUCGCACAUAUUUUUUACCUUGACCAUCUGAAUCGUGUUCCCAUGUCAUGGGGUGAGACGCCGAGAUUGUAGGCUUGAUCGCAAGAAAUAUUAAAUGAAGGCGUGUCAGAUGACAAAUAUGAACGGCUGCCGGUGAGUUAUCUUUUUUUGUAGUAGUGGUUUUGCAAAACCUUGUAAAUGAUGUGUUGGUGAUUAGUUUGUGCUUAUGUGUUGUAGUCUUUGAAUAUUGUGUACGGUGAGCCACAUCCAUUGUCACCUCGUGAUGAAAGAAUGAAUUCAAAUGUAGAAGGUUGGAUUACGGAGAAGGUAUACAUUAGUUUGUCAAAUUUUCACUUUAUUUCAAUAUUGCUGGUUAUAAGUAAUGCAUAGGUUGUUUUACCAUUAGUUGAGUGUGUUGUUAAUUGUAGGUUGUGUGUGUUGCUCAAUUAUUUGCAAAUAAAUUGAUGUGUUUUUUUUUUCUGAACUGUAGGUGAUGAAGAGGUUGACUCCUCAAUAGAUAAAAAAAAAAGUUGCUCAUGUUUUUCAGUCAUUGACUGAGUUGAUGGGAAGCUGUAUUGACACAGCUAUUGCAAGGAAAUUGUCAUCAAUGUCAGUUGGUGAUCCUGAUCCUGUCGUUAACAAACAAGUUGAGGCGGAUGGUAGGCAAACAGUGUUAGCAAAAAUUGAUGGCUUUGUAGCAGUUUCUGGUUUGGUUCAUGGUGUUGACCAUGUUGUCAAAGAAAGUGAAUCUUCGAUGGUUGAUAAAGGUUUAAACACUAUGGUGGAUUUUCUACUAGUGGUGGAUGGGGUUGUGUUGGAUGGGGUUGAAAACAAAGAAAGUAGUGAACUUGAGGUUAGUGUUGAAAUCAUUAGAGAUCAUGUAAUUUGUCGUGGGUUUAGGUUUAAAUACCAUGUGUGGAUUUGGCACUGUGAAAAAGGAGAGUACAGUGGAGAUGUUGAUGGGAAUGAUGUGCAUAAUAGAAGCAAUGAGAUUCGUGUGGACAAGGAAUACGAUAAUGAUGAAUAUAUUAUUGAUAAUGGUGAUGAAUGGAUUUGAGGAUGAUCAGGUGGAUGAGGUCGAGGAUGAAGGGAUGGGUGAGAUGAUGCAUGGUGUUGAAGUUGACGUGUUGUCAUUAUCGGAGGCUUCUAAAAAGCCUUUGUAUUCUGGGUG